GUGCCGGCGCCGAGGACCCAUCCCCAAACGGAGCGGAUCCAUCUUCAUCCCCAUCUCAACCAGAACCCGUUGCCAAAACCCAACGCCGCAGCACCAAGAAGGGCGACCCGACGCCGGCGCCGUGCGCCGAAUGCGCCCGCAGCGCCGCCUCCAAACCACGCUGUUGCCUGGGCUGCUCCCGGCGUUGCCGCGCCGCCGUCGUCGCCGCCGAAAAACCGCACCGUUGCGUGGAGUGCGGCAAAGGCUUCAGCCGCGGUUCCAACCUGACCCAACACCGACGCAUCCACACCGGGGAACGGCCGCACCGUUGCGGCGAUUGCGGCAAAGGUUUCAUCCAACGCUCCGAUCUGGAGCGGCACCGACGCGUGCACACCGGAGAGAGGCCGUAUCCGUGCGGGGAUUGCGGGAAGAGCUUCAGUGUCAGCUCACAUCUGGAUCGGCACCGCAGGACGCAUGCGGGAGCCGUGGUGGGUGCCCGCAGCGCCCAUCGCCCGGUGCCCGUAAAUGACGUCGGUUCGUCGGCGUCGCAUCGGUGCCCGGAGUGUGGCAAAGGAUUCGGCCAACGCUCGGCGCUUUCCAAACACCGUAAGACGCACGGAGGCGAACGGCCUCAUCGAUGUGGGGAUUGCGGCAAGAGCUUCAGCCGUGGUUCCAACCUGACCCAACACCGGCGCAUCCACACCGGAGAACGGCCGUUCGCUUGCGGCGAUUGCGGCAAAGGUUUCAUCCAACGCUCCGAUCUGGAGCGGCACCGACGCGUGCACACCGGAGAGAGGCCGUAUCAGUGCGGGGAGUGCGGGAAGAGCUUCAGUGUCAGCUCACAUCUGGAGAGGCACCGGAAGAUCCACGUGGCCGAGCGGUGCCACGAACACGUGGAGGAGUUUUUGGCUGCUCACCGGCACGGCCGGGCUUAUAAGUGUGGGGAGUGCGGGCGUUGCUUUGGCCAAGGGGCCGCCUUGCUGAAGCACCAGCGGGCUCACGCCGGUGGGCGCCCGCCGCCCCAUCAGUGCUCCCAUCAAAGCGACGGGGACGGGGAUGGCACGGCGACGUCGGCACCGCCGGAAAAGCCCUACAAGUGUGGGGAUUGCGGGAAGGGCUUCGGGCAGCGUUCGGCUUUGGUGAAACACCGACGGAUCCACACCGGGGAGAAGCCGUACGCCUGCGGGGAUUGCGGCAAGGGCUUCAUCCAAAAAUCGGACCUGACCAUCCACCGCCGCAUGCACACCGGGGAGAAGCCGUACCGCUGUGGGGAGUGCGGCAAGUGCUUCAGCGUCUCCUCCAAUCUCCUCACCCAUCGGCGCACCCACCUGGGAGAGAAGCCCUACGGCUGCCCCGAGUGCGGCAAGAGCUUCAUCCAGCGCUCCGAGCUCACCAUCCACCGCCGCGUGCACACCGGAGAGAAGCCCUACGCCUGCCCGGCCUGCGGCAAAUGCUUCAGCCGCAGCUCCCACCUCAACCGGCACCGGCGCACCCACGCCGGGGAAAAGACCCCCGCGCCGCCCCCCGCCGACCUCCGAGCCGACGUCGGACCCCCGCCCUUCCCUUCCGCCGGACCCCCCCUGCCGUUGUCCCCCCUGGAGCUGCCCUGGGCUCUCUCCUUCCCCGCCCGAGCCUUUGUGCCCCCUGGCUUCCCACCGCCUGCCGCUGCGGCACCCGCAGCUCCGGCGCCGUCCCUGGCCGAGUGAAGGCGGCACGGGGAGCUGCAGGUCGCUGUGCUGGGGGAAUGAUGGCCGCUGGGAUCCGUCACUUCCCGUUGUUGGGGGCUGUUUGGAG